UUUUCAUCAUAUAUCGCCACGCGCGCACCAAUAAUCUUUGCGAGAGAGAGAUCCGCGAGGGCAAAGAUGCAGAUCUUCGUGAAAACGCUGACGGGGAAGUCGAUCACUCUCGAGGUCGAGAGCAGCGACACCAUCUAUAAUGUGAAGGCCAAGAUCCAGGACAAGGAAGGUAUCUCGCCGGACGAGCAGCGUCUCAUCUUCGCCGGGAAGCAGCUGGACGACAGCCGCACCCUCGGCGACUACAGCAUCAAGAAGGAGUCGACGGUGCACCUGGUGCUCCGCCUCCGCGGCGGCAGCAGGAUCUUCGUGAAGACGCUGACGGGGAAGACGAUCACGCUGGAGGUCGAGAGCAGCGACACCAUCGAGAACGUCAAGACCAAGAUCCAGGACAAGGAAGGCAUCCCGCCGGACCAGCAGCGCCUCAUCUUCGCCGGGAAGCAGCUGGAGGACGGCCGCACCCUCGCCGACUACAACAUCCAGAAGGAGUCGACGCUGCACCUGGUGCUCCGCCUCCGCGGCGGCAGCAGGGGUGGCUACAAGAUCCAGGAGCCCAGCCUCCUCGAUCUGGCGCUCAAGUACAACGAGAAGAAGAUGGUCUGCCGCAAGUGCUACGCACGCCUUCUCAUCAGGUCUAAGAACUGCCGCAAGAAGAAGUGUGGCCGCAGCGACAAGCUGAGGAUCAAGAAGAAGUUCAUUAGCAAGUUUGCGGUCGCGUGAGACACUGGGGAGUGUUAGUGCGCACCAGCUGAAUCGACCUCUCGUCUUCAUAUCCCAGCUACCAUGUUAACUGUAGUUGUUAACGCAUUGCAGAGGCAUGCAUAAAAAUGUUGUACCCCUGCAACUGGAUGUUGAACCUUCAUCACUCUCUUAUGAAUGAUACUAUGCUGCAAAUUA